AUGGCACAGAGCGCAGCGCAUGACUACAUGGCAGCUGAAGCUGCAAAGCGGACAGCCCUCAAUGCUGCCAGAGCUGCGCGUCGAACUUUGAAAGAGGUUAGCAGGUUGACACAGGAUCUCGCUGAACGAGGAAACCAUGAGAUUGCUGGCAAACUUCUGUCUGCCAAGAUGAGCAGACUUCAAGAGGAUGAUGACCGUACCCUUCUCCUGGGCGGGGAGAUUCCUGUGACCAUGGUGCCGGAAUCGGCUGAGGCAGAGUCUACUUCACGUACCUUUCUGCUUGCAGGUAUGUCCAAUCCCAUCGGUGCAAAGAGCUCAGCCGCUACUGUCAUCGGGAAUAAAGCUGCGACCGGAAAACGCCCUGCUUCCACAACGCCGACUGUCAUUGGCGCAAGCACUUUCAAAAACCGAAAGAUGCCCAUGGAUGCCAAGACAUUGCCAGCCAGUGACAUUGUUUUGCCUUAUGACACUGGUUCAGAUGACCCUGAAGAGCACGUUAAGGAGGAAGAGUACGAAGAUGUGGGGCCAGUGUAUGGGACACCUGGGACGCCCGGGAAUGAUUUUGAUGAACCCCAGUUUGAAGUCAUGUCCAAGCGGCGCAAGCUCUUGCUGCAAGGUAAGACCAUGUCCAAAGACACGACCAUAGCGGAAUACUCGUGGGCGCUUCAGUUCACCAGAAAGGUUUGGCGAAAGGCACGCCAAGGAAAAACGGAUGAUGGAUGGCCAACCUGGGUCCGUGAGCAGCCGGUUGUUCAGCUCCUCUUUGAGACUAUGCAGCCUUUUGUGGGUGAAGACUCCCAAGAUGAAAAAGAAUUGCAUGAAGCUGCAGAUGCUGAAGAGUCGCCAAAGCCUGGUGUUGAGGAGUGGGAAGAAUUGCAAUCGCAGCGUCGCAAAGUUAUUGCCCAACUGUCGGGGAAGUAUGUGGAAAUUUUGGAUUCGGAUGAUGAUCAGAAAGGUCAACUGGCUCUGAGGAGGGAGUUGCAACCAAAACAAAAGGCAAAAGCAAAGGCAAAGGCAGCUACUUCGAAGGCCAGUAGUUCUAGGAGCUCUGUCGCCAAACGGCGAUCCAGUGGGGAAGCAGCAGCAGAGGCUGAGGCUGCGCCUGAUGUCAAUGUACAGGACGCAUACUCCAUGAGAAGGCACAAGCGUAAGACCAGAGAUGGUUACAUACAUGCCUUUGCCAUUUACAGCAACACAGAGCAACGCCAGAGAGCGCAGUUGACUGACACUGCCCGGGAUGAUGCUGAAAGCAUCGUUGCAGACCAUGUUUCCAGUUUGAACAGUGGCAAGACCACAAUCAAAGAUGUGAUUUCUGAGCUGAAUGCUAUGAAGACGCUCGGUGUCUUCUGUUCCUGCGACUUUGAAAUCUGCAUCUAUAGGAUGCUGAAUUCUUUGUCCACACAGGAACUGAAAGAUGUGUAUGGGAUGGUUGCGCUUUCAGUGCCGUGGGUCGCGGUGGAGCUGGUGAUUCACGCCAUGCUGAUCAGGUACUAUGACGCAUUGGGGCAGCAACGUGUUUGCGGUGGUGCUGGUUUAAAGGGCACACAGGCGUACACCCCAGAAUUUGGCCGGGGUAUCGCUACGUGGUGGGCGACCCAUGCUUCCACUUCCGGGAGAGAAAGGAGAAAGUGGUGCAUGCUGCAGAGCGCACACAUGACAGUGGAUGAGAUAAAGGCAGCAAUCGUGAACUACAGCCAAAAGGCACACGAACACCAUUGCGAUUUUGCUGAUGGCCAUGUGAAAUCCUUGAACGUGCGUGCCCUGCGCCGGAGACAACGGCAGUGGUGGAUGGGUUUGGGCCAUGGUUUAUGCAUGCAUCAAAUCGGAGGUAACAACAGUGCUGAUCGUCCUGGAAUUUUCUUUUGUGGUGUCAGCCCAAGGCAAAAUUUGAACCUGUCGCAGAAGCUGCCGUCGAUGGAAGUCGGAGAUACGCUGGCUACACAAGCCACAGUUGCAGAAGAUUCACAGGUGAUGCUUUUGAUUUUUUGCUUGUGUGUCAGUUUCGGAAAAGAGUUCAGUUGCAUGAUUCCUUCAAAUGGCAAUUGCAUCCCGGAGGUGCCAACUGAGUCGAUGGACAUGAUGGAGAUGAACAAGAUAUGGGAACAACAUGAUCGCAUGGCCGAGGGGAUGACUCCACCACAUACCCCGCUGGGUGAAGGAGUUCCAGAUGUUGCUGCGCCAACAUCUUCUUCAGGUGUAGUGGCUGGUGACAAGUCAGCAGUUCCCAAGAAGCCAGACGAGUUUGUGCAGGCAACGCUGAAAGACAUGAAAGCAGCUACUUGGACACCACGUCCCAUUGCAACCCCCGUAACCUCAGCUAAUGAGAUGGCCAAGAUGCUAGCUGCGAUGGGCUGGACCGUAGCCGGACCCACUGGCAUAAAAGAAACUGCACCACCAGCUGUGAACCCAGCAGCUCUUGAAGAAGAAGCACCGGCUGCAGCAAUGUCAGUUGUGAAAGCAGCACCUGCUGCACCGGCUCCAGAGGUUGGGAAAGCAGCUCCCGCUGUGAAAGCACCCGCUGCACCCGUUGCAGAGAAAGCAUCACCUGCUGCUCCUCCAGCACAGCCAAAAGCAGCAGCACCAGCAGAGGUUGUCAAAGCAGCUCCCGCUGUGAAAGCACCACCCCAUGCACCCGCUGCAGAAAAAGCAGCACCUGCUGCACCGGCACCAGGGGUUGUGAAAGCAGCUCCCGCUGUGAAAGCACCCGCUGCACCCGUUGCAGAGAAAGCAUCACCUGCUGCUCCUCCGGCACAGCCAAAAGCAGCAGCACCAGCAGAGGUUGUGAAAGCAGCUCCCGCUGUGAAAGCACCAGCUGCACCCGUUGCAGAGAAAGCAGCACCGGUUGCUCCACCUGCCCGAGAGGUUGUGAAAGCAGCACCCGCUGCACCGCUUGAACAGGUGGUGAAAGCAGCAGCCGUCGUGAAAGCAGAACCUGCUGCACCCGUCGUUGCAGAGAAAGCAGCACCCAGUGCACCUGGUUUCAUGACCCAGCCGGCCCAUGCUCCCCAGUCCACAGUGCCUUUGACAGCAGAUGCCCUGAGGCAGUUGCAACUGCAAAAGCAGAUGAGCAAUGCUGCUGGGUUGCAUGCUGCUCCACCGCAGUGUGAACAGAAGGAGUACACAAGGAGGGCAGCAGCCAACUUAAUCAAAAGGUUGAAGGAGAAUCCUUCAAGGAUGCAGGAGAUGCCAUCUUUACACAAGAUGGUUUUCGAUGACUCCAAGAAAUCAGAAUUGAUCAGCAUGCUCGUGGACAGCGACGGGGCUUUUGAAAAAGUUGGGGCUUCCUUGCAAGCCUUCGAGGAAUCAAGCCGGGGUGAGUACAACCGUAAGAGAGCACUGCGGUGGACUAAGAGGGAGGUGGAGGAAAAAUAUGGUGCUGACGCAGAAAAGAUCAUGAAGCACAAGCGUGAACAGGGGCUUGUGGAGGAUGAUGAGAAUUGCCCAGGUGGUGAGCUGUUUCUUAUCUCUCGAAGGGAGGAUGAGUGGGAGCAUGUUACGCGAGGUGGCCAAUGCGUGUCCACAGGAAGGAUGGAUGUGAAUCGAAGCAAUGCAGCUGACGUGGAAGCACUCAUGACAAAGCAGACCGGACAGAAACGUGGGCUUGGAUCACCGUCCACGCCAUCAUUGCCGGCAUCAGGUGCAUCAGCCCCAGGGACACCUGCUGGUGACAUGGCUCCGGGGCAAGACAAGGCCGCGGGAAAGGGUGAAGGACGAAGGAAAAAAGCCAAGGUUGAAGAACCGCUGACGGCACUUCAGAAAGGUCGUGACAUGGCGGGAAAAUUGCUCAAGAAGAAAUCGGACUCUGCCAACCUCGCCCUCACGCUCCAAAGCAUCCCCUAUGCAGAGCAGUUGUGUAAGGAAAUGCAAAACUUUUCCGGUCUCUAUGAGAAGCCCAGAAAUGAUUACAUCCCAUACGUCAAAGAGCUCUUGACACUGAACAAGGCUUUUGAAAAGCCUCACGGCGCGGCCACCGCGUCAGAUUCAACUUUGGAGCAGACGGGGCAAAAAUAUCGCAAGAAGAUGCAUGUGGAUGAUAUUGAUUCUUCUGGCAUGCGCAAUCUGGCAGAGAAAAUUGCGACCGGAAAGCUAUCAGUUGCUGCUGCUGCAGACUGUGCGUCAGCAUUUCAGAGAGAUGGAUCCAGUAAGGCUGGAGUAUUGAAAGAAUGCCUGGGAACUGACUCGGAUUGGGCCGAUCUGUGGCGCGCAUGUGGCUGUGAUGAGCAAGCAACGACUCAUGCAUUUUGCCUCUGGAAGGGCGACAUGGAAGCUCAUGUCUUGUCGCACAAAACGGCAAGAAACUACCGCUGCAGUCUGUGUUGCGAUCUUUGCUUGGCGGUAAAGAACGACACCAAUCCCGUUAUGAGCAUUGGCAAUUUGACCAUGGAUGCUGCAUGGAAGCGCACAAUUUGCUUUGUGGACCCCAUGGAUCCUUCACCGUGGAUGCAAGUUCCAGGUUUCAAAAGCAAAAAGUGUAGGUUGCUGGACAUUUUACAUAUCGUGCACCUUGGAACCUUGCGAGACAUUAUACCUUCUUGUCUCAUUGAUGCUCUGGAUGAUGGCACUUUGGCACAAUUCUAUGGGUUGCAAGGGCAGAAUGACGAUCUCAUUUUAUACCGGAUGGGUCAACACGCACACAAAUGGGCAAAGGAUCAGGGAUUGGACUUGUACGUGGGAACCCUGAACCUCCACAGACUUGGACUGGACAACCGAAAAUGGCCCUUCCCUGUGCUGGAUUCACGAAUCAAAGCAGCCCGAUGCAGAACUUUAUUUGCAUUUGUGACCUGGUUGAUGACACGACUUGCUGCAUACCCUUGCCAAACACAAGAGCAACAGCUGAAUUCAAGGGUUCGUGCUGUUUGCUGCUGGACGCUAGACUGUGCGCUUAGCAUUUUCAACAAGAACAAAAAAAUCAAGAUGAGAGCAUCCAUCGUGAAGCAGACUGUGUGGCUAUGCAGGAUGCAUUCAGCAUGUUACCAGUGGCUUGGCGCGCGCUGCAUUGUGCAGAAACGUCUUCUGUACAAGGUUCGUCCAAAAACCCAUUACUUUACGCACAUGGUCGACCACUAUGAAGAAACUGCUUUGUGUUUGCUACACUUGUCGACAUUUGGAGAUGAAGAUUUCAUGGGCAAAGUUCGCCGCAUUGCUCAGUCGUGUCACGGGCAAACUUACAUGCAUGCCUGGGCAAGGCGUUAUGUUCUCAAACGUGCCAUGCAAUGGUCUGAGAUGCGAGAAAAGGAAAAAGCGCGUUUUGUACCAGGAGACAUGGGAUAG